GGACGCACCAGGCUGACUGAGGUCUUUUGCUUUCCCUUGGUUGAUCGAAAACUGGCGAAUUGGUAGUCUUCCCGAACUGCCGUGCAGGUCACGUGAAAACCUCGUCCAUAAUGCAGAUUCGAAUCCGCGGGGCUCUAGGAUUCAAGCUUUCUAUACAACGGUGUGCAGGUUCCAUUACCUUUUGAGUCGUCCAGGCAGUGUACGUGUCUAAUCCGAAGAUGCUUCGCCGAAAGCCCACAGCUAUUGCAAUAACAGCGGAAGACCUCGCGGCGUUUGAGGAUGCGCGACUUCGCAAAUUAGCCAACGAAAACAACGGCCACGAUCGCAGCAGAAACAAUUUCAAUGCCAGUUUCGAUCCCAGUGAUGAGCUGAAGCCUUUACCGGGAGAUAAGGCCAGAAUCGUCCGAUCCCGGGAAGAGAGAUAGGAAUGCGCCGACACACCUGAGAUGGCAGGUUAAUAUCAGUUGUUAUAUACCCCAACGAAGGUUUCUAUGCUGGCAUGAAUCGUCGAUCUAUCCUCUUCGCACCAAUUUUGCUGCUUCAAACUUGACUGAAGUGCUUGGAUGCUAUUUGCUCUUCGUGGGGACGCUUAGCGCAUGUUUCCGAGUACUUUAUUAUUCGGUGCCAGUACUGAUGUUUCUCGAUAAGAUGUGCAUGAACUAUUAUUUAUGAAAUUGAGAAAUUUUGCUAUUGAGCAAUAGUGUCAGCAAGCAUAUACAUGACAUUCAUGGCAUCAACUGUUACUGCCGCUAAAACGUCCCUAAUAUCGUUGGUUUUUAUUGUUAUCUUGGGUUAUCUUGAUACCUACUGUAAUCCUCAACACAUUGAUGUCCAAAUACAAGAAAGUAUCAAAUAUUCCUACCGCUGCUUCAAUUUACAGUUUCUUUCGUAGUGAAGUACUUUGUUGUGUUGACUUGUUUUGUCGACUCGGUCUAUUUGUUUAGAUAUUUCAGUAGCUGAAUGCCA